AUGGGGCAGCAGGCGGUAUUUUGUCUGGAGGAGGCGGUGGUGGCGGUGCCGAAUGCGUGGAAUUUGCAUGCGAGGUUGGGGGAGUUGGAGUAUAUGGUUGCGAUUGCGGCGGCUGGGGAGGGGACGUCGGAGGCAAGCCAGCAGGGGUUGGGGAGGGCGGUGCAGAGGUUUUCGAGGAGUAUUGAGCUUUGCGAUGAUUAUUUGAGGGGGUAUUAUGGGUUGAAGUUUGCGGUGGGGAGGUUGUUGGCGACGGGGAAGCAGAGCAAGACCGAGGUCAUUGCGAAGGAGAAGUUGCAGAGACUCGAUCGAUUGGCUACGGACAAGUUGAAGGCGAUUGUUCAGGCACGGCAUUCGCAGGUGGGAGAGAAGGAUGAGGCGGAGAUCAUGCUGCGCAGGCGUUGUUGGACAAGACGAGUUCGUGAGAAGAACAGCCCUAGAAGGCGAAGAUGGGCGCUGCUCAAGCUCUGCCGGUGA